AUAAGUGAAACGAAACGUUUUUAUUUCUGAACGAACUGUCAAUGUCAUUUAUCGACAGCAGUAAUGUCAAUGUCGUACAUAAUUUGUUUUGUUAGCGGUUUGUUUCCCGUUCCAAACUAUUGCGGAUAUUUUUGCUGCUAAAGCACUAUAUUUUACACGUUUUUGUGUUAUCGGCCAGUGAGUGCUACACACAUUUUCCAUUAUCAUGUACAUUUUGUGACGACAAAAUGAGUGACGAAACCAACGAGGAACGACAGGACAACGAAUUCGAAGCUUUACAGGCUAUUUACGGUGAUGCGGUUGUGGACAACCGUGAGGCAGUAGCUUGGAAGAUAUGGAGACCUAUAGAUCUGAUGCUUACAUUGAAUCCCUUACACAAUUCAGACAUCAAAGGCAUACACUGCUCCGUUACAUUACACUUGAAAUGUUGUCCGAAUUACCCUGAUAAGCCGCUUAGCAUAGCUAUCAACAAGAUGAGAGGCCUGUCCACCGAGAAAGGUACGCAGUUGCUGUCUGAAUUAGAAACUCUAGCGACGGAACUGACCGGAGAAGUCUGUAUAUUUCAACUAGCUCAACAUACGCAGCAAUUUCUUCACGACCACAACAAGCCGACGCUCUCGUUCUACGAUGAAAUGUUACAACAAAAGACUGAACAGGAACAAUUGAAACUACAUGAUCUGAAAGUUAAGGAAAAUGAAGAGCGCCAAAAAAUGAAAGUUGAGAUCCAGAAGAGACAAGAAAUAUUGCGUUGUGCGGGUCGGCAGCGUGUUCAUAGAUCUAGCAUUAGCCAGGAUAAUGACAGCAUAGACGGACAGGGAGACGCUCCUGAACUUGUAUAUUACGCCGACGACAAGAUGUCUCCAGUUAAGAAACCGGUUCGAACUAAAACGGUGGACAUACCAUGCACCUGCAAGAACAGAGGCGUACAAGUCAUUAGAAUUACUCAAAGGAAUAAUAGAAAGGUUUAUAUCGGAAACUGUUUAGGCCACUCCUCAAACGGCGCCACAACAUACCUAGCAAUAGACGACGAAGGGGAGCGAUUAAUAGCAAAAAAAUGGAUCGCGCCGCCCGCCAAUGACUUCCAAGCGCGAACUCGACAACUGACCUCCAUACAACAAGAUCUGAAAGCCAUGUCCCGACUGAAUCACCCGUCUAUAACACCAUAUAUAGCUAUGGAAACAAUAAAAGACGCGAACAAACGGACAGCUAAACAAUACAUAUACUUAUUCAGAAAAUUCGUCUUAGGCAGUGCUUUAAAAAGUGUUAAAAGUAGACUCAGUGUUUUUAGUGAUUGUUAUGAAGGGUUAAAACUGUUAAGACAUGUCGGUUUGGGGAUCUUAGGGGCUUUAAAGGAGCUGCAUAGUGUUGGGAUCGUGCAUAAAGAUGUGAGGGGUCAAAAUGUGUAUCUGGACGACUUCGGUGGGGUCAAGUUGGUAGGAAUUGGUCUUGAUGUGAGACUCGCUGAGAUGCUCGACAGUGAUUUGUAUAGUGACAGGCACACAGCAGCGCAAGAUAUUUAUGCCACCGGGCUGUUACUACUGUCAAUAGUGUCACAAGAAAGAACCUACAUGGAUAUACCGCCCGACCUGCCUAGUUCUGCUAAGGAUUUCUUUGCCAGAUGUUUAACAGAAGACGAACAAUCUCAAUGGUCAGCAGAACAGCUUUUAAACCACGCGUUCAUGGUCGAUGCUCCAUCCAAACUGCCAAGUAAUAAAGAGCAGAACCAUGAAGGCAGCGGCUCUGAGGAUGAUGAAGCUGUAAAGAAGAUCCAUCACACUAGUCCUAUGACGAACGGACAUUCGCGUCUUCACGCUGAGUUUGAAGUCCUUACGUGGCUAGGCAGCGGUGCGUUCGGUGACGUACUAAAGGUUAAAAACAAACUCGACGGCGGUUUCUACGCGAUCAAACGCAUUAAACUUAACCCUGAGAGCGUCCAGUUAAACAGGAAGAUAACAAGAGAAGUAAAGCUAUUAUCUAGACUUAACCAUGAGAAUGUCGUAAGAUAUUUCAACGCGUGGAUCGAAACCAGUAUUGAAGUAGAAGAAGAUGAUAUAAGUGAAGAGAUAGAGAUAGAAGAUGUUAAAAAGCGAGUUGAUAGUUUGCAAGGCGUUGUAGCAAAACUAGGCCAAGAUGUGAAGGUGGAAUGGUCAAUGUCAGAGAUUCCUGUACAGAACACGAACACAUCAUCAGACAGCGAGGAUGAAGAAGAUGAUGAUGAUGAUGAACGGGAUCCCUGGUUCAAUAUUAUGAGGCCAGAUGACGAAUCAAGUAGUGGGGUGGAAUUUGAGGAAGAAUCAAAUCCGUCACAGACUAUAGAAUCUGAGGACGUGGUGGACGCGCCGCGGCCGCCGUCAGAGCGUAUGAAACAAGUGCUGUAUAUACAGAUGGAGUUCUGUGAGAAACAUACUCUACGGCAGGCCAUCGAUAGUGGACUAUAUCAGGAGCAUUUUCGAGCGUGGAGGUUGUUUAGGGAGAUAGUAGAAGGUCUAGCCCAUGUCCACCAAAGAGGUAUGAUCCAUAGAGAUCUGAAGCCGGUCAACAUAUUCUUGGACUCCAACGACCAUGUCAAGAUUGGGGACUUCGGUCUAGCUACCAAAGCAUUCUCUGUCUUACCAGUGGAUGAAAAAGCUAAACAAGAAGAAAUUGGCGGUUCGCUUACAGGCCAGAUCGGCACAGCUCUUUACGUGGCUCCAGAACUCCUCCAAUCCAGUGCCAAAGUUAUAUACAACCAGAAAGUGGACAUAUACUCCCUGGGCAUCAUCCUCUUUGAGAUGUUUCAUCCACCGCUAGACACUGGGAUGGAGAGGAUGUUGGUCCUAACCAAUUUGAGGAGCAAAGACAUUAUAAUGCCCAAAGGUUUUGAGAAAGAGGAGAAUGCUCGGCAGAUUCAUGUUAUAAGGUGGCUACUAAACCACGAACCGAGUUUACGUCCUACUUGCGCAGAAUUACUGGGCAGUUCCCACGUGCCUCGCGCGGUGCCUGAAGGCGCGCUAGCGGGGUUGCUAUCCCACGCAUUAAGCGAUAGAAUGGCGCGAGGGUAUACCAGGCUUGUCGCCGCCUGUCUAGACCAGAGACCGUCGGCCGCCGAGGACUAUACGUAUCAUAAUGAUAUGAAGACCAAGCCACAGGAGUUGUUGCAGCAGAUCAAGGAUGCUGUUAUUAAGGUAUUCCGAAGCCAUGGUGCUACAGAAUUCUCCCCUCCUCUUCUAAUUCCUCGAGCCUCCGCCUGGGACCAGCAUCCCAACGCUGUGAAGGUGAUGACGUCAUCAGGCUCCGUCGUUCAUCUACCUCACGAUUUGAGACUGCCGUUUGCUAGACAUAUAGCUUACAAUGGCACAAGAUACAUGCGGCGAUAUGUCGUGGACCGGGUGUACAGGGAGAAACAUGUGCAAGGGUUCCACCCAAGAGAGAUUACUGAGUGUGCCUUCGACAUUGUUUCGCCGAAGACUGACUCGCUAUGGCCAGACUCCGAGCUGCUGGUAGUGGCCAGUAGGGCAGCGUCAGAGAGUGGUCUCAAGGUGUCUCUACAGCUGAACCACACAGAGUUACUGCGCACUCUACUACUGUCCUGCGGGGUACCCAUGGACAAACACGCCGACAUAUAUCCUGUACUCGUUGAUGUUAGUUUUGGUCGCAUAACAAGCCUACAACUGCAAACCCACUUAACAUCCCUUUGCAUAACAAAUAAAGAUGUUUCGAACCUCGUCCGUUUAAUGGACGCUGACGUACCAAUACAUGAAGUGAGAGAGCUAGUCAUACCGUACGUCAAACACGCUAAGUGGAGCAAGGUCGUGUCGCAAGCUGUACAUGAUUUGGAAGCUGUGUAUAGAAACGCUAAGGCGUUGGGGUGUGAGUGCCCUAUAACAGUGGCUCCAUUCCUGGCCUACAACGCGACGCAACAUUCUGGAAUAUUCUGGCAAAUGUCUGUCAUACGGAAUACGGAAAAUAAGCUUGUCACUCCAAAACAUCGGGCUGGGGACCUCGUUGCAGCGGGAGGGAGAUAUGAUGCCUUAGUAGCUGAAUUCUGGAAAGUAGCGUCAACAGAAAAAGAUCACGAUAGUACUGAACUAAGAUCAAGUUCAGUCGGGUUCUCCAUGUCCUUGGAACGCAUGGCGGCCAUCUUGAAAAAGUUGGACGCUGAGACACCGGUGCAGCAGCCUAAUGUUGAGAUGGGUCUAAUAUGCGUGUGUGUAUGGGGCGCGGCGGGCGGUGGGCGCGCGGGGCAGGCGGCGGGGCGCCGCGCCGGCCUGGCGCGCGACCUGUGGGCGCACCGACACCGCGCCGCGCUGUGGCCGGCCUCUAGCGCCGACGCACACGAUCUAGCUCGCCCCGGCCUACUCAUACUACAUGACGACGCCGAUGUUAGACUGGCUUGUUGGGAUGGGAUGAGGUUAAGAGAACACAAAGUGCCAUACAUAGAUGUCUUAGACUUUAUCAAGCAGAAGCUCUAUCCAGAUGCUGUCAGGAAUUCGGAACCUGCAAAUCGUACGUUAAGCUGGUCGGAAUGUGAGAAGUCAAACUGUGGUUUCACAACUUCGGUUAGCUUCUGCAUCGCUUCCAAAGACAGGAUGAACAAGAACUCCAAGAGGCAUUGUGAGAACCAGAUAAACACCCAAAUAACGUCAACGCUAGUGUCGCUAGGUCUGCAGGCCGGUGUCAGCCGCGUGCGCGUCCACGUGGUGGCCGUGUCCGUGGAGGCGGCCGCCCUGCGGGCGCUGGCCGCCGGUCUGGCCGCACCACUCGACGCCGGGGAACUACAUCAUGCGUUCAUGCCUGUUAUUGAUGCGUACCCAAAACGCCGAGAUGUUCUAGACGAUGCCCUCCAUGAGUUAACAUCACUAGUUAAACAAAACAGCCAGUGUAGGGCCACGGAUGAGACACAACUCUACGCUCUAUACUCUAUUCCCGAUUCUCUAUGCCGACUGAUCACGUGACCUUACUUAUGAAGUAUUCGUUUUACAAGUCUUCGCAUUGACUUUUUUAUUUGUAUUUUAUCAUUGGCUAUGUGCAAAGCUAAUAGCGACCGCAGCGCACAACACGGCAGA